CCCACAGCCGAGAACAGAAACCCACAGUGGCUGGCGUUCCCGGAGUGGGCCUACAAGGCGGAGUCGAGCCCCGGCUCGCGGCAGAUCCAGCUGUGGCACUUCAUCCUGGAGCUGCUGCGCCAGGAGCGCUACCGGCACGUCAUCGCCUGGCAGGGCGACUACGGGGAGUUCGUCAUCAAAGACCCCGACGAGGUGGCGCGGCUGUGGGGCGCCAGGAAGUGCAAACCCCACAUGAACUACGAUAAGCUCAGCCGGGCGCUGCGGUACUACUACAACAAGCGCAUCCUGCACAAGACGAAGGGGAAGCGCUUCACCUACAAGUUCAACUUCAGCAAGUUGGUGUUGGUCAGCUGCCCCUUCCUGGAGCUGGGGCUGCCAGGCCCCCCCGUCCCCCACAGCGCUCCCCCCAUCCCCACGGGGGGGUCUUCAGGAGGAGGAGGAGGAGGAGGAGGAGGACCCCCCCACUUCCGCUUCCCCCCCCCGGAUGGACUCUCCCCGUCUUCGUCCUCUUCCUCCCUUCUUGGGGGGGGGGUUGGAGGUGGGGGGGGGGGGGAGGAGGAGGAGGAGACGGCGCCCCCCCCCACCGCCGCCCCCCCCCUCCCCGACCCCGGGGGUCUCUGAGCGACUGCAGCGACGCCGCUUUGGAGCCGGACGACCCCCCCGAUAUGGGGGUGGGGGGGGGGGCCGUCGUUUCGGGGACCCCCCCUCAGGUUAAGCGCCGAUCCCGGGGGGGGCCCCACUUUGUUACGGCUGUACCCCCGCAGCCCCUUCGGGUCGGGGGGGGCUCUGUUGGCCCCCCUAUCCCCACAGCUGCCUUACAGCCCCUCCCCCACCCCCAGCCCUCUUUUCGGGGGGGGGGUCGCCUCAUUUCGGGGGGGGGGUCGCCGCACUUUGGGGGGGGGUCGCCUCAU